UAUUUGAUCCUCCCCAAACCCCCUGUCUACGCACCGGAGAAGUGAUCCUCUCUUCCCACUUCGCUCUCCUGAUUCCUGAGCCGCUCCACCUCGUGCUCGUCCCAUCUCUUGCAUCUAGCCGCGGCGCCGCGCGACCUCGAGGCAGGAAGGAGAGCCUAGCCUAAGGUCGUAAGAUUUGGGCGUCCCAGUUUCAGCCCAUUUGCUAGAUGCCUCCCCACAACAUUGAAACCGGGCACCAGGACGUGGUGCACGAUGUCGCCAUGGAUUACUACGGGAAGCGCAUCGCGACGGCCUCCUCGGACAACACCAUAAAGAUCGUCGGCGUCAGUGGCACCUCGCACCAGCAGCUGGCCACCCUGAGCGGGCACCAGGGGCCGGUCUGGCAGGUUGUGUGGGCACACCCCAAGUUUGGCUCCAUGCUCGCGUCCUGCGGCUACGAUGGCUGUGUGAUCAUAUGGAAGGAAGGGGGCAGGCCUGACGAGUGGGUUCAGGCUCAUACAUUCACCGAGCACAAGUCCUCCGUCAACUCCAUUGCUUGGGCGCCCCAUGAGCUUGGGCUAUGCUUGGCGUGUGGUUCUUCUGACGGGAACAUUUCGGUGUUUACUGCGCGUGCUGAUGGAAUUUGGGACACUACACGCAUUGAUCAGGCGCAUCCAGUGGGGGUGACUUCGGUGUCUUGGGCUCCAGCAAUGGCCCCUGGCGCUCUGAUCACUGCUGGACCUUCUGGUCAGUUUGAGUAUGUCCAGAAACUCGCAUCUGGUGGCUGUGACAACACUGUUAAAGUAUGGAAGCUGCAGAAUGGAAGUUGGAGGAUGGAUUGCUUCCCUGCCCUUCAGAUGCACAAGGACUGGGUGAGGGAUGUGGCCUGGGCUCCAAACCUCGGCCUUCCAAAGUCUACCAUUGCUAGUGCAUCUCAGGAUGGAACUGUUGUGAUCUGGACUGAGGCGAAGGAAGGUGAGCAAUGGGUAGGCAGGGUUUUGCAUGACUUCAAAACCCCCGUGUGGAGGCUGUCAUGGUCGCUUACUGGGAAUAUUCUGGCUGCUUCUGAUGGUAAUAACAAUGUGACCUUGUGGAAGGAAGCUGUUGAUGGUGAGUGGCAGCAAGUGACGACUGUUGAACCAUAAGUGUUUGAAUUGCUUGGGGGCUAUAGUAUUGGAAUUGUUGAUCAUUUUCUAUUUUGUUUUAUGGUACUCAUAGUUGCAAAGAUAUUGCGCUUCACUAACAUCAGAGCUGUUUCUUCCUUUCCUCCCUUUCUUUGUAUACCAUAUGCUAUUGUAUGUCUCUGUUAACCCGUAUCUUGCUUGGCAAACAUGACUGAUGUGAUAAGCAUGAUCUUUUACUGGAAUGGAAUCGGAAAACCAGUUCUUUUUGCAGU